GACUUAUGAACCAAACAACAUAGAGCAAAUUGUAUUUAGUAUUGCAAUUGGUAAUCCAAAUGAAAUUACAAAGAAAAACUUUUUGAUUUAUGGUCAAAUAAUAGAAGUUGUAAAGAAGAUCGAAGAAAGAAGUCUUGAAAAAACAUGCAAGAAUGUCACAACAAAACCCAAAUUCAAUCAAUUAAAUGACAAAUAUGAGUAA